AUGCCUACGAUGAUCAAAAAGGAUGAUAAAACAAUGGAGCCCCCUAAUGGAAAACCGCAUAGAAAGAUCGAAAGGGAUGAUGUUCCAGAGUCUUCCAAUCAUAUCCCCCCUCCAGAAUCUGGUGUCUUAAAAGGUGGUGAGGUUAAUUCAAAAACCAGAGCCUUGAAGGCCGUUACAAGUAUCAUUGCAGACGCCGAUGAGAAGCCUCAGAAGAAGUUGAACAAUGAGGUGAAUGGAACCCAGAAGCAAAAGACAGAAUAUUGGGGUAAAAGCAUAGGUAAAUUUGAAUACAUUUUUUACAAAUUUUUACUUGUGCUGCUAUACAUUUGCUUCGGGUUGUUUCGAUACGGUCAAUACCAAUAUCAUAAGAUGAAACUAAGAAUAUUCAGUAUCAUCUACAACCAUGCAUAUACGCCACAAUUGAUUAGACAGGACGUUGUUUCUUUGAAAAAAAUUCCUAAAAGGUUAGCCGCAAUCUUGGAAGUCAAGCCUGUUGGCGACGUUGGCGGCGGUGUGACAGGCUUAUUAAAUGACGCGAGUGAAAUUGUAUGUUGGACUGUUUCAGCCGGUAUAAAACAUUUGAUGUUGUACGAUUACGAUGGAAUAUUACAAAGAAAUGUUCCAGAACUGAGAAUGGAAAUUCACUCCAACCUGGCUAAGUAUUUUGGGCCAGCUCAUGUCCCAAACUACGCUGUUAAAAUACCUCAUUCUAACAAGAUAUUCUAUAACCUGGACGGGAUUGAAACUGAAACCGAUGUCAGUAAUGAAAUAGAAGCUAACGAAGAAAAGGACAAGAUUGCCAUUGAAAUUUCUUUAUUGUCUAACAGAGACGGUAGAGAGACGAUUGUCGACUUGACGAAAACUAUGGCUGAGUUGUGUGCCGUUAACGAAUUGAGUGUUUCUGACAUCACAAUGGACUUAGUCGAUUCAGAGCUGAAACAAUUAGUUGGACCCGAACCAGAUUUAUUGUUAUAUUUCGGGCCUUCAUUGGAUUUACAAGGGUUCCCGCCUUGGCAUAUUAGAUUAACUGAAUUUUACUGGGAAAAAGAUAACAAUGAAGUCAUAUAUUCGGUUUUUAUCCGCGGUUUAAGACAGUACGCAGGAUGUAAAGUGAAUGUUGGUAAGUGA